AUGGCCCAGUCUGCUACCCAACAGCUCGAGCUCGUGGCCGAUGCACAUGUAAGAUAUGUGCAGGGUCUGGACACCAGAAGGGAUCAGCUAGAAUACUGGCUGACCGAGCACCUGCGCCUGAACGGCGUGUACUGGGGAUUGACGGCCCUCCACCUGCUACGGCGACCCGACGCUCUUCCCCGGGAAGAGACGAUUGACUUUGUUCUGUCGUGCCAGCAUGAUAAUGGAGGCUUCGGUGCUGCCCCGGGCCACGACGCCCACAUGCUGUCCACAGUAAGUGCUGUGCAGAUACUCGCCAUGGUUGACGGCUUUGGCGACCUCGAGGCGAGGGGUAAGGGCAAGGCCCUGGUUGGCAAGUUCAUUGCCGACCUUCAGAACCGCGAGACCGGUAUUUUUUACGGCGAUGAAUGGGGCGAGGACGACACUCGCUUCCUCUAUGGAGCUCUGAACGCACUCUCACUACUUGGCCUCCUAUCUAUAGCCGACGUCGACAAGGCUGUCCAAUACAUUGCCUCAUGUGCCAAUUCUGACGGCGGAUACGGCAACCGGCCCGGUGCAGAGUCUCAUUCGGGCCAGAUCUUCACAUGCGUUGCCACCUUUGCUAUCGCUGGCCGCCUCGAUCUCGUCAACGUAGAAAAGUUGGGCCAGUGGUUGAGCGAGAGGCAGCUUCCGUGUGGCGGCCUCAACGGCCGGCCCGAGAAACGGGAGGACGUCUGCUACAGCUGGUGGGUUCUGAGUAGCCUGGUCAUCAUCGGCCGAGAUCACUGGAUCGACCGCGAUGGCUUGAUUCGCUUCAUCCUCCAGUGUCAAGAUCCUGAAAGGGGUGGCAUUUCGGACAGGCCGGAAAACACGGUAGAUGUGUGGCACACCUGCUUUGGCAUUGCUGGUCUGAGCCUCCUCGGGUACCCAGGGCUGGACAGUGUAGACCCUGUCUACUGCAUGCCCAAGGAGGUUGUCCAACGCUAUGUCAACUGA